CCGCCAUGGCCCGCAUCAGAUCAUUUCAUUCCACUUCCUAUCCCUCCCCUUGCCGUCACGAGUCGCCGUCUCAGGUCGGUCACUGCCCAGACACCUCCAACUACAGCACCUGCUAGAACAACAAACAGCGACCGCCCCGGCGUUUUGACCCUCGACUCCAACACCACCACCGACCGCACAACAUCACUUUCGUCGCCGCUUGUAUUCAUUUUCACCGGCGCGAUCCUGUCCAGUAACGCUUCUGUCACACAGCAAAGUACACGCGCCGUCACCCAGACGACCGACCGACUACUGUGUGGCAAACUCACGUGUCGAACAAUUGCGACCGCAAUUGACCACUACACCCACUGCAUGGUGGUCAAUUGGUGGGGGGUCCACAUGAUAUCAUGGUCUCAGUCCAGCACAUGCGACUGCGAUAAUCAACCGCCCGUCUUCUCCAAAAGACCGCCGACAUAGCCCUACCUCCAAAUUGCCAAUUGCCAGACAGCCGCCAUGACCCCCUACAGAGGGCGACAGCCGUCCCUCUCCCUGCGAUUGCCCCAGCCGUCGGCCUCGGCUGUCCUUCCCGACCUGCCUCCCAUAUCGGCUCUGUUUCUGAUCGACUUCGAUGUCAAGGCCGGAUAUACCAUUGUAUGGAAACGAUCGGUCCCCGGGCUGGAACUCGAUGGCGUUGUCGAGUACAAGAGUCUUCCUUCCGGCCUCCAUACCGUCACCGACGACUUGGUUUACUUUGUCCACGAAGGGGGACAUGCUGGCUUGAGCGCCUUCGUCAACGCCAGGACAGAUGAGGAGGAAAACCGCCAUGCCCGUAUGAUUGCUGUUGGGGUUUUGGUUCCGUUGGUAUAUGGACGGCUAGGAAGGUCAUGGCGUCAUGCCGACCGGCUCAAGGAUAUUGCUAGCAAACUUGUUGUCGACCGUCAACAGACACAUCUGCUGGAGGACUAUUGGGCCCAGAACGGGAUACAGGAUGGCGCUCACCCGCCGCCACUACCGGAAGCUGCGCUAGACUCGCCCGCCCUGAGCUACAAGGGGGGCCGUCCCGGGCCCGGAAAGGGCCAUUCAAGAAAUAGGUCCGCAUCGGACGGCACCGUUUUGAUGUCCUCACCUCACAGACUCUCGCCUUAUCACCCUGCUUGGAGUUUAACUUCGCUUCUUGAUACAUUUGGACCCCUUAUCUUUCCCAUUCACCGUGCUGCCUUACUGCGCAAGCGUAUACUAAUUUCUACUCAUGCUCCCGUACAUGAAGCUUGUAAUUUCGUGUACAAUCUCUCUGUCCUAUCCAACAUCCCUUUGUCAGUCUCCGAUCUGGUGGAUCCUGCGGCAUCGACCCAACGUCUGCGACCGCUGUUCAACAUUGGUGUUCACGAUAUUGGGUAUCUUCUAGAGCACCACGCGGCAAUGAAGCGUCAUCUCAGGGGUGACAACCUUGAAACCGACAAUGAUCUUGCGUCUAGUAUUACUGCGGAGGAGGCUGCAACCGGAUGGAUUGCUUGUACAACAGAUACCAUCCUCACGAUCAAGGAUGGUCUAUGGGAUAUGCUCAUUACAUUGCCGCCACCACACUCGGGCAACGCAAAGGAGCGCAUGUGGCCAACUGUCGAGUGCCCCAAGGGCGUGCCAAUCAAGGCUACGCAGCGAGAUCUAAGGAGGUUCAAGUGGCUGAAAAUGAGCCUUGCUCGAAUUGACCCAAAAUCAAUGACCACACCCCAGAUUCUUCGCAGUCCAUUAUCUGACAGAACAAGCCCGCGGUCGGUAUCAACGCCUAACGUACCCAACAGAACGCCGACAAUCUCCCUGACCAGACCGACCGAGACCUCUCGACCGGUUACUGCGACAUCUCAAACACCCCCGCUAACACGAGCCAACUCAGACGAUGACGCCGAGCGAGUCGUGGAGCCGACUACAUGGGCAGCCCUAGCCUACUCUGGGUUUAUAUGGUGGGCCUCGGCAGGCGAGCAAGGCCACAGUGAUGAGGUCGACGAGUUGGCGCACGACAGCGCUUUGCUUGCCGAUCUUACAGGCAACACUCCGAAGAUGGCAGGACGCACACAUAGGAGGACAAGUUUUGGCACUGCCUCUUUGAUCGGCAACAAUCUUGAAGAGGGGGGUAUAACAGAAUCGGACUCGUCACCUACCGCCCAGCAAGACGGAGCACGGGAAAUAUCCGAUGAGGAGCAGGCCCGCAUUGAGCUUGCUAUUAUCGCCUACUUCCAUCGUCUAACUACAUCUGUGCUCUCUGUCUUGGCAGACCUCGUCGACAGUGCAGAUGAUGAUGAUCUGCUCGACCUUGACAUCGACCCUAAUGCGGGUGGUGAGGAAGAGUACAGGGAUGAUUAUAACGAUGUCGACGAUCAGACUGGAUUGCUAUAUAGUCAAGAGCGAUCCGGAGUCCAAGGUAGUCAUCGUGGAGGUGAAGGCGAGGACGACGAAGCCGAGUAUGAAGGCUGUUUGCGGGGGUGGAUAAGAGUCGACAGCGAAGCGCUGGCACACAUGGGCCUAGAUGUGUGGAGCAAGAGUGACGCAGAUUUUGUGAGCGAGUUGACCACGAGGUAUUUUAGGAGGAGGGCGUAUGUGGAGAAUAAAGGUGUUGAAGUGUGUGGGUUGAAGGUUUGUUAGCCUAACCCCCUUCUCAAUGCAUUUGUUUUUGUUUUUCGUCAAGCAGGGCAUUGGUGGUGGGUCUUCCUUUCUUUAUUUUUGAUUUGGCGGACUAUUCGGGUUGUAUGGCGUUGAACUUUUCGGGAUGGGAAAAUGGGACAGAGUACUUGAACUUGGUUGUUUUGUGAAGACCGUAUCAUGUCACAUAUGUUUUGUUUCAUCUGAGUUCUCGUACCGGCACCCCUGUAGGUUACCCAGGAAACGACUGUUUGGUAACCCGCACGCACUCAACGCCGCAAUUCAAAUCCCAUCAUCAACCUUUCACCCACUCACCACUACCCCUAGAGCUAAAUCUUUGCCCCCAGCGGCCCCAGCGCCCUCAACGCCUCUCUCGUCCCCUCCGCCGUCUCCUUCACAAUCUUCACCACCUCUCUAAACUCGGGAAUCCCCGCAUCCCCCAUGCACUCAUACAUCCACCCCUCGCUCGUCGUGACCGUCACUCCCUCCUGCCUCAGCCUCGCCAGCGCCACGGGAACUUCUUCCUUGUUACAACUCGAGACCCCAUCCGCAAUCACGUAGAUCUUGGUGUUGGGAUGCUUCUUCCGCAGGGCCAAGCACGUCUGCGUCACGCAGAUGUGCGAUUCGAUUCCCACCAGAGCAAUGUGCGAGGGGAUACUGGCGGGCGAGGAGGAGAACAAAGAGGCGAGAGAGGGCGUGUACAUGCCAAAAAGAGUUUUGUCGAGGUCGGCGGCGACGAGAGGGUGUAGGCUGCUGCUGCUGCUGCUGCUGCUGCCACCACCGUCUUUUUGGGUGAGAAAGGGUUGCAGUUCGGAAACGGUUUCGCCUAGUUUGGCCCGGGUCUGGGUGGUGACGUAGAUGGGGAUGUGAAGGGCGUGGGCGAAACGGAGGAGUUUGGUGGUUGUUGAGACGCUGGAGAUAUGAUGAUGCUUGUGAGAUGGGGCCUGUUACAGUCAAAGAUGAGGAAUGGGGAAAAAACCCCAUAUAAUGAUACUUACACUUUGUCAAACUCAUAGAUUGCGUUGCGGAACUUCUCUUGAAUGUCAC